UUUUUUUUUUUUUUUUUUUUUUUUUUUUGAAGUUGUUAAGGUUUUCAAGAGUUCUGUUCAGUUUAGUUCAGUUCAUUAGUACAGGUGUCAUGUGCAUUUGUAUUAACUUCUAGUCUCCCUUUCUUGUUUUGCUCUUGUUUCUUUGUUCAAGUGCUGGUGUCAGUGUUUUCAUGAUUCCAGUGACAGUUUGACAAGGUUCCCGCAUCAUCAGUGGAAAAAAAAAACAUGAGAACCAGACUAAUUAUCUCUCUGGACUUUAAAAAUUACCAUAAUGAACGGCCGAAGUGCAUUAACGAGUCUCGCUGUAUCAGAGGACUAAGAACGAAGGGAAAGCACGAAACACUGUGGAAAUUACUGCAGAAUGUUACUCUUGCCUGUUGACCAGCAGUGUACCCUCAUCUCGCCUCGCCUGCACCUCAGCCUUGCAUUCCUCUGUAGUCUGCAUCUUUUAUCUGACUCUUUAAAUGUACACCUGUCUGCCGUCCUGCCUCACUGUGUGUAAUUAAUUUUCCAACUCUAUUUUUUCCCGUCUAUCUUUCCUCCCCCUUUACUUUUCAGUUCUCAGUCUUUCCUCAUCCAUGUUUUCUUUCAGUCCCUCACAUUUUUUUCCUCAUUUUCCUCUUCCACCCUCCUAAACCUUCCCUCUAUUUUCCCCUUCCACCUUCCCUCACAGUCAUCCUCCCUACUUUCCUCCUUCCCCAUCUUCCCCAGCUACCUUCAGUUACCUCCCCAGUCUCAUCACUCCCCUCCCUGUCACUCUCCCCACCAUAUAAGCUACAACCCAUACCUCUCCCCACCACCUCAGUUUCCCCCCUAUCCUUGAAAACAGCCCUACCCAUUCUCCCUUCCUCUUCCUCCCCCAUCACCUACUGGACUCUCCCCCCACCUGUUUCACCUGUUGGUAGCGCCCUUCCCACGCCUCCCUGUUUACCUGUAUGUACCCCCUCACCUCCACCUAGCCACCUGCCGCCUCACCUUGGCCGGAAUGGGUUGGUGGUUAGAUGGGUGGGUGGGUGGGUGUUAGGAUGAAAGGUGAAAGGUAGACAAUGAGUUACCUUCCCAUAUUGCUGUUUAAAUUACCUGUUUUGGACUGAAGAAUGAUGAGAGAGAGGGUGGAAUGUUUAAGCCUGAAGAAUAAUGAGAGGAAGAAGCGUUUUUGGGGAGAAGUAAUGAGUGAGAAGGUAAAUUCUUGAGUUAAAAGGCAAUGGAGGAGUGAGAGCCUGCGUACGGUGAGAAUGUAAUGAGUUUGGAGCGUUUUUGGCCUGAUAAUUAAUGAGUGAACCCGUUUGUAGUAGCAUUUUGAUGUGUUUGUUGUUUUUGUUAUUGUUUUUUUUAUGCGUGAGUGAGACUGACGCAUAAAUAAUAAUAAUAAUAAUGAUAAUAAUAAUAAUAAUAAUAAUAAUAAUAAUAAUAAUAAUAAUAAUAAAGUAAAAUUAGUUUCCUGCUUUAAAAAACAGUAAACAAAACGAGAAAAAAUGCUAAUAGGAAUAAAAAAAAAAGUAAAUAAAUAACACAGGAAAAGAUUUGUUCCUCAUCACUCAUUCCCAUUAUUCCAUAUUAAGUUACCCAACAAAUGCUGGACUUAACGAGCCAAACGCGCCAUGAAAACUCUAGAUUAACCUGAUGUAUAUUGGAAUAACCGCCAGCAGUAAGUCUUACAAACAGCGGCAGGCGAGCGUCAGACAAGCAGGAAGUCACCACACCGCCGCGGCACCGGAAUCAAAUUGACUAGCGUGAUUGCAACUUUUUUUUCUGUUUUUUUUCCUGUUAACGUUUUGGAGAUUGGCAAUUACGUCGGCUUUAUAAUUCCCUUUUUUAUUCAUUUUGUUUAUUCAGUUUUGCUUUAUUUUAUUCGUUAGUGUAUUUUUGUCCUUUUUCAGCCUGCGUAUACAGAAAAAGAAGUCACUUGCAUCAUUUACAACACGGUCACCUGCGUUAUUUAGGAAGGUGAAAGACUGACUGACUGGAAUAAAGUUAGAAGGUAGAGUGUAUUUGGGUUGGGUCGCAACAAAAAUAGAGUGACAAGGGUGACGAGGGUGAUUCAAGGCCUCACGUUUUCUUUAUUUACGGAGAGGAGUCAGACACCUAAAUUUAGAUUCCUUAAGUGAUGAACUGAAAUAAACUGAACUGAAGGCGUGAAAUUAACUUCGACAUAACCCUGUAAAAAAAAAAAAAGGUGACAAGACGAUAUUGAGAAUGCUGUCCUGGUACAAAGGUGAUCUGGUGGUACUGAAGACUGUAAUGUUCAUCUCCUAAUAUUGUUUAAAGUAAGAAAAAAAAGAAAAUUAAACAGGAAAAAGCGAAUUCAAAAGUGCUGACAAUUUUGAUUAACAUUAUAUAAAAAAAAAAAAAAAUGCGGAAAUAGUGGAUGAUGCAAAGGUUGAUGGUACUUAAAAUUGCACUACGUAAAAAAAAGGAAAGAAAAGAAAAGACAAAAAAAGUGGACAUCAUUCAAGGCCCAAGACAAUUCCCAUAAGGAGACGAGUCAAAUAAAACACCUUAAUUUGCAUUCCCUAAUAAAGGAGAAGGAUGAGGAGUGGGUGAGUGAUGCCGCCGAGGUGUUUUAUCAAGGCGCGCAGGGUGUAGAGGUGGUUAUAUCUGAUUCCUGCAAAUUACGGAGUGGAUCUGAACCUGUAGCGGCGUGUGUGUGUGUGUGUGUGUGUGUGUGUGUGUGUGUUAGGUUGAGAUGUGUUUGGGUUUUUAUUUGACGGGGGAGCGGGGGGACGGGGGACUGGCGGCUCGGUGGAUCUUUCUCUCUCUCUCUCUCUCUCUCUCUCUCUCUCUCUCUCUCUCUCUCUCUCUCUCUCUCUCUCUCUCUCUCUCUCUCUCUCUCUCUCUCUCUCUCUCUCUCUCUCUCACUUGCGUUGGUCUUGGCCGGCGUCCCUCUUACCUGACAAAGUUUAUAAAAGGGAGAGGGAGUGUGAUAUAUUGUGCUUUUUUUUUUUUUUUUUUUUUUUUUUUUUUUUUUGUGUGUGGAUUUUAGAGAUCUGCCAGUUGAAAAAUUAUAAAGGAUAAAGAAAAAAAGGUUGAUGAUACCGGAUCUCCCCCCAAAAAAAGAAAAAUAUAUAUAACUGGAAUUUUCUUUUCUUCUUUCCCUCCUUCCUUAUUUUUUUUAUUAUUAUCAUUAUUAUUUUUUUAUUGUGAAACCAGUACACUUAUUAGACAAAUAAAUAACGCUAACCCUUUGACUACUAUUGGUACACCUGACCUUAAUUAAUAAUCACUCAGAGACAUCUUUCCUUGUUACACAGCCACCUCCUAUCUUUAAGCUGCCCAGAAAUUACAAAAUCUGUUCAUUUUAAUCCCCUUCUUUCUUGUAGAUGCUUAUAAAGGCUUCAUACAUUACUUCCGGUGCUGUUAAUUGUUUCGUAUUGCAUUGAAGGGGUUAAGGAAGGGUUCGAAUUGCCAGUGUUAUGGAAAGAUUAUGCAAGAGGAACAAACAGACAACCCUGACUCAAUAGAAAAAUAAUAAUAAGCUUGUUUGUAUCUAAGGUAACAAAUGAGCGGAUGUUACUGAGAAUUAUGGGAACAAGUAAUGAUGGUGAUGUUAAUGGUCAGUCUAAGUAGUGCAAGAUCUGCCAGCUCAUUUACUCAAGGGCACCCACCACCACCACCACCACCACCACCACCACCACCACUGUGCCCUUCAGUGUCCUUAAAGGCUCCUAGACACAUGACUGGCGUAAUUAUUGCCUUGUGUUCAUGCCGUGUCUCUUGCACUCUCUUAAUUCCCACGCUCUUGUCUUUAGUUAGUCACGUUGUUGUUGUUGUUGUUGUUGUUGUUGUUGUUGUUGUUGUUGCUUCUUCUUCUUCUUCUUCUUCUUCUUCUUCUUCUUCUUCUUCUUCUUCUUCUUCUUCUUCUUCUUCUUCUUCUUCUUCUUCUUCUUCUUCUUCUUCUUCUUCUUCUUCUUCUUCUUCUUCUUCUUCUUCUUCUUCUUCUUCUUCUUCUUCUUCUUCUUCUUCUUCUUCUUCUUCUUCUUCUUCUUCUUCUUCUUCUUCUUCUUCUUCUUCUUCUUCUUCUUCUUCUUCUUCUUCUUCUUCUUCUUCUUCUUCUUCUUCUUCUUCUUCUUCUUCUUCUUCUUCUUCUUCUUCUUCUUCUUCUUCUUCUUCUUCUUCUUCUUCUUCUUCUUCUUCUUCUUCUUCUUCUUCUUCUUCUUCUUCUUCUUCUUCUUCUUCUUCUUCUUCUUCUUCUUCUUCUUCUUCUUCUUCUUCUUCUUCUUCUUCUUCUUCUUCUUCUUCUUCUUCUUCUUCUUCUUCUUCUUCUUCUUCUUCUUCGUCGUCUCCUGGUGCUCAGAUUGCUAAUAGCCCUUAAUUGAUUGAUUUGUGACUUCCUUUAAAUGUUGGGAAGAAAAGAUUGAAAGACCCGCUCUCCUGCGUGUGUGUGUGUGUGUGUGUGUGUGUGUGUAGACAGACGGUGACAUUAAAGUAGGAAAGUAAGAGCCUCCUCCUCCUCCUCCUCCUCCUCCUCCUCCUCCUCCUCCUCCUCCUCCUCCUCCUCCUCCUCCUCACUUUCGCCAUCAAUUUGCCGCUCUCCUUUAAUUAACAAUCUCUUCUUUUACCUCUUCUUUCCUACCCAGCUCGUCUACAAUGCCUCCUCCUCCUCCUCCUCCUCCUCCUCCUCCUCCUCCUCCUCCUCCUCCUCCUCCUCGAUGGUGGUAGAAUCAAUACAUUCGAGCGCCAGUCUUGUUGGUGCCAUUACCCUUAGUGGCAGUUGUGGUGGCGGUGGCGAUUGUGGUGGUGGUGGUGGUGGUGGUGGUAACAUUUAUCGACACGCUUCCCUCACUGCCACCAAGACGACCACUGCCUCUACUACUCUUGUCGUUGUUGUUGUUGUUGUUGUUGUUGUUGUUGUUGUUGAUGUUGUUUUUGUUGUUGUUACUACUCGUCUUGUUAUUGUCAUGAUUUCGUUUUUUUCCCUUUCUUUUUUUCUUUUUCUUUUUCUUUUUCUUUCUACUCUCUUCUUUAUUUGUUAGGUAAAGUUAGUUCAGUCAGUGUGUUUUCUUCUUUCUCUCUCUCUCUUUUCUCUUUUCUCUCCCUCCUUUCUCAACCUUAUAUUUUCAGCUCUAGUUCAUAAAUUUUCCCUUUUUCUGGUUUCCCCUACCUGUUUUUCUUCUUAAAGUGAUUAUUUCCGGUAGUAAUAAGCAGACAUUUUUCUUCCAUCUUUUUCCCUUUUCCUUACUUUUCUUUCUUCUGCAGCUAUUUUAUUAGUAGACGGCUUAUUUCCUGUCACUUUCCUUUGUUUCCCCACUUGGAUAUAGAAGUAGUAGUUGUAGUUGUUGUUGUUGUUGUUGUUGUUGUUGUUGUUGUUGUGUUGGUGGUGGUGGUGGUGGUGGUGGAAAAACAAGAAUAAGAUAAAUAAUAAUACUAGUAACAGACACACACACACACACACACACACACACACACACACACACACACACACACACACACACACACACACACACACACACACACACACACAGAGAGAGAGAGAGA